UUAAUUUUAUCCCCAUGACAUUAAAUUGGCAGCUACUAAUAUAAGUGUCAGAUUUUAAAAAUAAAUCUACAUUUAGACAGACGGUACAAUGAGACCCACAUCCUACUGUAUGUUUAUGUAAUACUUAUAUUGACUAUAAAGACUUAAAUGGCUGACGUUUCAUAUUUCCCUCUAAAAAUAAAUCGUAGUGUCCGCGUUUUCCUGCUUCUUGCUCCUUCGUCGUUGCUGCCCGACUGGCGCUCGUCGGAGUCCAUGCUGUGCCGAGAUGGAGCAUCAUCCAGCAUCACAUGCCGCUGUACCUGCUCUCCUCCAACAUGGACCAGUGUUUGGCCCUGACGUCAGCCGUCACCGCCCUGCCCGCAGUAUCCGUGCCCACAGACGACGAUGGAGACGGCAGCGGCGGCCUCUCCGCGGAUCUCGGCCGCGGCGGGCCACUGAGGCGCGCGGACACGGACGCGGACCGCCGGGGACGUUUCGGAUGGGUACACGGACACCGUUUACACCAGGCUCACGACGAGAUGCUCCGCGGCAGCGAGGCGCGCGGGAGCGGCGUGCCGCGCCGCUCCGGUGCGGGGCUCCCUCGCCUUGGCACGGCUCCGGCGAGCGCGCUCGCGGCGGACGCGAUUUAGGAAAAGGCUGUGCAAACAUCACCAGCCCGUCGGAACCGAGCGGCUCCGUGGGUUCAACGACGACGGGUAAAGGACGCCUUUAAACGGGUGGAGCUGCGGUUUCUUUAAUAAAUGAUGAGGAAUCCCGCUCGUCACGCUCGCGCGGACAGAUUUAGCGUUGACGCGUAGCCGCUCUCGAUGCCGCUCGCGGCGUAGCGCCGUGUUUUCGCCGCUGAGCACCGACCCGGGUGAUGAUGCUUCCCACCGGCGGCUGCAGAUGAUGGCCGCCGGCCGGUGCGGGACCAGCCCAGGCAUCCGUGUAAAGCGCCCCGAUCGCGGCUCCCCGCGGACGCCGUUUACGCAAUCCGACGCAGUGUCGCAAGUGGGCCGAUCCGCCUCGAACCCCGCUGCCCCCGUGUGAUAUGAUCCCCAGAACUGCCCGGCCCGUAGGUUUCUGUGAGAUGAUGCCCAGGCCCCGUGUGAAGCGGCGGCCGUGAGGCGCCGCGCCGAGCCGCGGCCCCCUCUCUGCAAUUAAGAGAAUUAAACGCCAGAGAAGCGACCAUGUCGAAAGUUGUCAGUAACAAGGAGAAGAAGUCCUUCAGCAAGAAGCUCUUCCGGAGGAGCUCGGUCCGCUCCGUGGGGAGCUUCAUGAACAGAGUUCUCCGGACUUUGUCCACGCUGUCUCACUUCGGCACCGACGAGCAGGCGGCCGAGGACGAGACGGACGACGCCUCCCUCGCCGCCGCCACCACCGGCGGCUCGGUCCAGUCGGACGACAGCGACUGCGGCGGGUUCCCGUUCGGCGACAAGGUGCCCGGCGUCACCGGGCUCAAGAACCACGGCAACACCUGCUUCAUGAACGCCAUCCUGCAGUGCCUGAGCAACACGGAGCUCUUCGCCGAGUACCUGGCGCUGGAGCAGUUCAAGGGGGCCGAGGGCGCCGGCACCAACGACAAGGCCCGGUCCAACGGGGUGCUGCUGGUGCAGAAGAGGGCGAGUCAGCAGCAGGACGCGGGGGAGGUGACGGAGCAGCUGUCCGGCCUGGUUCGGGCGCUCUGGACCUUUGAGUACACGCCUCAGCACAGCAGAGACUUCAAGAACGUGGUGUCGAAGAGCGCCCUUCAGUUCAGGGGGAACUCCCAGCACGACGCCCAGGAGUUCCUCCUCUGGCUGCUGGAUCGAGUCCACGAAGACCUGAACCACAUCAUCCACCCUGAAAGCGGACCUCCGCGGAAGCCUCCAGUAGAAGAAGAGAAUCCCCCUGAAGGGUCACCACUACCAGCACCUGGCUCUUUUGUACAGGAGCUGUUUCAGGCACAAUACAGGUCCUCCUUGACCUGCCCUCACUGCCAGAAACAGAGCAACACCUUCGAUCCUUUCCUCUGCAUCUCACUGCCAAUCCCAGUACCUCACACACGGCCGCUGUAUGUGACAGUGGUGUACCAAGGGAAGUGCUCUCACUGUAUGAGAGUCGGCGUGGCGGUGCCGCUGUCCGGCACCGUGUCCAGGCUGAGGCAAGCUGUGGCCCAAGAGACCAAAAUCCCCGCCCAACAGAUCGUCCUCACCGAGAUGUACUACGACGGCUUCCAUCGCUCCUUCUGCGACGACGACGACGACCUCGAGAUCAUCCAGGAGAGCGACUCCAUCUUCGCCUUUGAGACGCCGGAGCUGUUCAGGCCCGAGCAGAUCCGAUCCAAGCGAGGCGGAAGCCCGCAUGCAAAUCUCAACCAGAACAACCUGAAGUACGGCACAGACAACAACAGGAUACCGACGCAAAUUCAAGAGCCCACGACUCCGCCUCAGAGUCCCAAUAAGAACAGUGGGCAGGCAGAGAAGAUCGUGCUGCUGGUGUGUAACCGAGCCUGUGCGGGGCAGCAAGGACGCAGGUUUGGGAACCCGUUCAUCCUGUACCUGGAGCGCACGGUCACGUGGGACGUGCUUCAGAAAGAGAUCCUGGAGAAGAUGCGGCAUCUUCUGCGCCCGGGAGUCUUUGUGCAGGUAGGACCCUUCACUCUGCGCGUGGUGGGAGUCGUGGGAAUCACGUAUCUCCUGCCUCAGGAGGAGCAGCCGCUCUGCCAUCCGUCUGUGGAGAGAGCAUUCAAGUCAUGUGGACCUGGGGGACCACCACAUGUCAAAAUAGUGGUUGAAUGGGACAAGGAGACAAAGGACUAUCUGUUCAAAAGGACUGAGGACGAAUACAUCCCAGACGCCGAGAGUGUGCGUCAGGCGAAGGAGCAGCACCUGCAGCCUCAGACCUGCUCGCUUGCACAGUGCUUCCAGCUCUACACCAAAGAGGAACAGCUGGCGCCCGACGACGCCUGGCGAUGUCCGCACUGCAAGCAGCUUCAGCAGGGCAGCAUCAAGCUCAGCCUCUGGACGCUGCCGGACAUCCUCAUACUCCACCUGAAGCGCUUCAGACAGGACGGCGAUCGGCGGAUGAAGAUGCAGAACAUGGUGAAGUUCCCCCUGACGGGCAUGGACAUGGCGCCGCAUAUGGUGAAGAGAAGCCAGAGCAGCUGGAGUCUCCCGUCCCACUGGUCGCCAUGGAGACGGCCCUACGGGAUGGGCCGCGACCCCGAGGACUACCUCUAUGACCUGUACGCCGUGUGUAACCAUCAUGGCACCAUGCAGGGCGGACAUUACACAGCCUACUGUAAGAACUCCAUCGACGGGCAGUGGUAUUGCUUUGACGACAGCGACGUCCAUCCCAUAGCGGAGGACGAGGUCUGCAAACAGACCGGUUACAUCCUGUUCUACCAGAGGCGCGCCACCGUUCCGUCUUGGUCCGCUAACAGCUCUGUGGGGGGCUCCACCAGCUCCUCCCUGUGCGAGCACUGGAUCAGUCGGUUGAUGGGGAGCCGUCCUCCCAGCCAGGCCUCGUCCGGCUCCUCCAGACGCACCUCGCUGGCCUCCCUCUCCGAGUCUGCGGAGUUUGCCGGGGAGCGGAGCGAGGACGACGGCCUAUCGAGCCGCCCGGCCGUAAGAGGCUUGCAGCGGCAAAACUUCUCCUCCAGAUCGUCCAUCGCCAGCCCGCUUGUGCUCAGUGAAAAUGGCACCAAACCAUCCUGGUCCCACUCCGCCAAGCUGCAGCUCCGCUCCAACUCCCCCUCGCGCUUUUCCCUGGAGUCGCAUUCCUCCUCCUCGACGCUGGAGCGCAUAGGUGAGGUGGUGGAUAGCAAGCUGGCGGCCUCCUGCUUUGCUGCUUCACCUAAGCUGUCGGGGGGCAAGUCGGCCCUUGCAGCUUUGGAUGGUAAUCCGGGCAAUAAGAGGCUGAUAGAGCAGGUUCACUCCAAGGCUGUGGCCCAGGCGGAACAGAGGAGCUCCAUCCAGGUCGGGGAUAACAACAAUGCGGCCGGUGCUGCCGAGCAAGUCAGUCCCCGACACGGGGCGGCAGCAAAGGAGCUUAAACAAAGGAACGGGCUGACGGACGGCGUCGCUGUCAAAAAGACCUCCGCGAAGGCUGGGCUGGAGAGCGAGAGGAGUCCCAAGAAGCGUCCUGCCACCUCCUCAACGUCGUCCAGCUCUCUGUCUCCUGCCUCUCCAGCUGUGGACAAGUCCCCCUCUCGAGCGCAGACGAAAACUGCUGCGUCGGCAUCGAAUCCCAAAGACAAAAGCGACGGCCUUGUCAAACCUAGCAAGGCUGGAUCCUCAAAAACAGCGACGCCCUCCAAGAAAGGGCCAUCCCCGACCCCGGAUGUGUUACACCCCGACCCCGCGCAGCAGAGGAAGACUGGCUCCCCGGGUGUACAAAGUGCUCAUCCCCAGAGGAAGUCGUCGCCCAGGGUGGGAGGCGAGAGGCGGAGCACGAGCCGCGAAUCGUCACGGACGGGCGCGGCGUCGGAGAGGAAGUUGACCCACGGAGGCCCCCCGUCCAGGGCGGGGCCCGCUAGUAGGCUGGAGGCUCGGCCGGGUCGGGCUGCGGAGAACAGGACAGCGGGCCGGAGCUCCAGCAGCAGCUCCUCCAUGACCAGCCUGCGCUCCUCCAGUGUGGGCGGUCCCUCCUCCAGCGGGGCCCCGCCCCCGAGGGGCCCUCGACAGAACAGCAAGACGGACGACAAAGGCUUGUCCUUCUUCAAAACGGCCCUGAGGCCCAAAGACACGCGCAAGUCGGCCGACGGUGGGAAAGCGGCGGCGGGGGAGGCGAAAGCCGCCCCGGAGGACGUCGGCGCGGACGCCGCGAAGGAAGGAACAGAGCGGCACGGAGCGAGCAGGAAGAGCCAGGGGGCGGCGCCAGAGGCUCAAAGCGGCGCGAACGCAGCCAAAGACAAGGAGCCUUUGAGGGCGCCCGCCGCCGCUAAACACUCGCUGCUGCCGUCCAGCAGGUCCAGAGCCCCGGGAGGAGACGCAGCCGCCCAUGCCUCCGCCGGCGCUAAAGAGCCUUCGAAGAAGGAGCCUGCAAAAAAGACAAUGCAGUCCAGAAAGAUCCCCAUCAGCUCCACACAAACUAGCCAGAGGUCCAAGUGACAACGAAAAAGACCUGAUCCCAAUCUUUGUAGUGCAGCUCUGCGGUGUUUUUAUACCAUCGACACCUUUAAAGCACCUGUAGCUUCUCAGUGCCAGCUGCCACACUGGAAACCGUCCACGUUGUUAAAUAGUUACCCGGGAAUGGAACGGAACGAAGCACUUUGUAUGGACUGCAUUUUGAGGAGUAUUCUACUGUAUUGUACAUAAGCAUGGACUGCACACGUCUUGGAAUCAUCGCUUCGUUCCGUCUGUAGCGUAGUCGAGAGACGCCCACAGGAGGUGAACAUAAAUGUGACUUUGUACAAGGAGAUGGAUGAGGAAGAUCUAAUGGUGUAAAGAACCUUUUGUUAUAAACCCAACAUGGACCAUUCAGUCACCAAAGGAAGUUUACUGGCAGUUUUUAACAUGCUGAUGCAGUGCAACACUGAAUUAUUUCCAAAAAUCUUCACGUACAGCUCUCGUUCACUCCUGGGAGCAAUAUGUCAACAACAAACAUCAGUGCCUCAGAUAAUCAUAGUAAUCAAGUAUUUAAUCGAAAUUGUAUAACUGCAGGUGUUGGUAAAUUUAUACAGUAACUCAAUUUUAAUAUUUAUUAAGCACUGAAAAUGACAUUUUAUGUGAAACACAAUGACGCCUAUUUAACCUGAACUGCUGUCAAGGAUUUUGUCGUGGUACUUGUGCAACGAGCCUUUAAAGAAGACUUUUUGUACAGCCCCAAAACACGGAGAGGCCCGAGGAGAAGCAUGUUAGACGUCUGGACCCCCCCCCCCCCCCCCCCCCCCCCUUCGGUUUCACUAACCCGUGACGACCUGUCGCCACCUCCACCUCCAGCCGCUGACGCCAACGCUCUUCAGACUGCCAGACAUCACCUCCUAACAUUCCUCUCAGAUGGACACAGGGUCAAUGUAAAAAAAAGCCACCACGCACACAGGCGAUGCAUUCAAAGACGGGGGGGGGCUGGAGAGCGUCACGGUGCGUUUGAGCGAGCCCACCCUCUGUCUUCACGCGUGACAUCACCGCUCGUGCACAUCCUUAGCUUGCAUAGCAGAGUAGGUACCCACUGGAUGCACAGACAUCACCGACAUCACCGUUCAUGACGUACGUGACAGUCGUUGCAUGAUAAAUUGCUUAUGCAUGCACUUAACUAUGCAAGCAGAUUCUUGCUAAUGCCCACGAUGAGUAUGUAGAAGUGCUUCUCUUGGAUGUGUAUAUAUUUCUAACUGUAUAUUUUUUCAAAUGCCAGCAUCAGAGAGCAUGUGGAGGCAUCCUUUAUUAAAGCUUGGUUUGCACAUUACUUCAAAGUAAUAUACAUUUUGUAUGAAUGAUAAGUAUUGCUCAUUCAUCCUCAAAGUAAAUCAACUCACUUGCAAAUGAC